AGUGAUCGCAUCACUAAAAACUCCAAUUUUCAGUGUUUACGUUUGCGUGCGUCGUAUUUUUGCUAACAACAAAAUAUAGUUUAAACUAUUUAAGAAAUUUGAUACUUCAAUAUAAGUGUGAUAUCAGAAAUUGAAACAGUGCUGCUAAAAGCUGAUUUAAAACGUUGCGCAUGCGCCAUUCGCUUGGCCUGUAACUCGGCUUCGCCCCAGUAAAUCUAAUCGUUGACAUUCAUUUGUGGUCCACACCCCAGAUUUGAAUGUUAAUUUCCAUUUGUGCUCCCGAUUGAGGCCAUGCUUUAAAUGCGCUGCAAUGCUGCUCAGCGAGCUGCACUUCUGGACAACUCAGCGCGACGAAGUGCGCAUCAAAUGCAGCGAUUUGGGCGCCUUCCGUUAUCAGCGCCAACGCGAAGUCUCGCAGGAGCUAAGGGCGCAGUCGAAACGCGAUUAUACGGAGCGUCGUAAUGGUUUAGCUGUUCUGAAGAACAGCCGCAAGGCUGGCGGUCGCUUGAAAGAUAAUCUAAAGAAAUUGGAGGAUCUGCUGCGCACGCACAAGCUUACGCACUCCGAGUGGCAGGAUGCAGCGCAGGUGCUGCUGCUGUUUGACAAUGGAAUUAUCGCUCACAUUUGUGUCGACAUCUAUACGGGCGAUAUAUUGCGCAUGGUAUUUGAUAAGUAUCUCGUUGGCAAGCUGGCCGGGGAGCUGAUUACUGAUGCCUUUUUUACACGCUCCCACAUCGUCUUGGCCUACAAUACCAACCAGCUGACUGUGGUGCAUUUGCAACGACCCAAUGCUCGACCCCUCGGUCCGGAGAAAAUUGCGAAUAUGGAGCCUCGUAUAUUUCAUGUUAUUAUACCGGGCCUCGCAUCUGAACGGAAAUUGGCACGUCAUCUAACUGUGAAUAGCAGCAGAGAUUUGUUUGUGGUCUGGACACAGUCCUCGCAGAACGAAGUGUAUCCCUGGCGACCCACCAUCCGGGAUCAGGAUCGCGCCAAUAUACAUAUCUUUAAGCUGAAAGCCUUGCAACUGGAAUCGCUGGCCUAUUGUUGGUCGGAGAAUGAUCCACUUUGCGUGGACUUUCUGCGCAGCUCAGAGAAUCAAAUCAUCACACUCGAACAGAAAGUGUCGCGUAAGGGCGACAUCAGCGCUGAGAUUUGCUCCUAUGAAUUAGCAACGGGCAAAAUGCAACGCACUGCAAUUACCUCAAUUGCCAUGGGAACGCAGAUUUGUUGCUUCGCUUUCAGUCCGGAUCAGGAGAAACUUUUCUUGGGCAGCAUUGACCGGAAUAUAUGCCUGCAUGAUCUGGUGCUGCAGACAACCAAAUACGUGAAACAAAUCGAAAUUGUGCCAACGCAGUGUGCUUGGCAUUGCGAUUCAGCUUUGCUCUGUGUAUCCAAUGAGCGUUCCGUGCUGCAGUGCUUUGAUCUGGCUCUGUCGCCCAUUGGAAAUCAGCUGUUGAGUGAGAGUGUAACUCCAACUAAUUUGCUGGAUCUCUCGCACUACUUUGCGACGCAGCCAACGCUACUCAGCAUAGCUUUCAGUCGCAAGCCAGACUUGGCGAACUUCUCUCACAAAUAUGCGCAAACGGACUGUUUGCUACUCUUGCUGUACGAGAAUGGUCCGUUGGGUUGUCUGCGCUUCUUUGGUGGCGCCGGGAUGCGUGGCGAUAUUCACAAUUCAGGACUGACGGCUGAUGUUAUAGCAGACAAAUAUUUGCGCUUGCAGCAGCCGGAGCGAGCGGUUAAUGUGCUUGCCUCUCUGAACUGGGAGACUUAUGGAGCCAUGUGUCUGAUCACUCUGCAUAAGAUUGCGAAUUACGUUUUCUUUUCAUCUGAUCAGCGACGUCCGCGCUGCGAUCUAAUGGCUAGAGCUCUUAGCACAUUUGCACACACGCUCUCUGAGGACACCAAGGAUGAGUUUAGCGAUCAGGUUUAUGACCUAAAGCGACGCUUUUGCUUCUUUUUGAUGCGCAAAAAUCAGUUUAGUGAAGCUUUUGAAAUAGCCCAUGACAUAGCGGAUUACGAUCUGUUUAUGGACCUUUAUAACUUGACCAAAUGCAUUGCCAGCUUAAGUGAAUUCGCUCAGGUUGCUUUUGGACAGGCUGCUGCUAUCAUCCAUGGCGAUCAUCAAGGCAAUCUUAGCUUGACUUUGGCCAGCGAAUUGCGUCCGGAUUCUGCAUGCUCGCAGUUGAGCUACACGACGCCCAGUCCGCAGACUGCUCUGAAAAAUUAUGUGCCACCCUUGCCCUCGUUUAAAUCAAAGAUUUUUAAUGCUGAAAUGAUUAAGAUUAAUAUACCUAAACCUGAGCUUCGGCCAGCGUUGAUGGAACUUAGAGCGCCAAAGCUGAGUGGACCCACGACAAAUACAUCAACAAAAGGGGGCAGUCAUUCAGCAGCUAAGCAAACAACUUUGAAUGGCGCCGACUGGUCGCAGGAUGUGCCGGAUCAGACAGUGGGCCUGCCAUUGCCCUUAUCGUUGCCUGGCAGUCCGUCUCUGCAUCCACAGCAAGGCUCACAACUCACAUCACAGAUUGGCUCUCAGCAAGCCUCACAGCAUGGCUCACAGUUGACUCUGCCAUAUCAUCAGCCUAAGUUCUAUCAGCAUCCCCUUGUCUCUGGGAAUAUUCCAGCUAUGCUGCCAGCGCUGGGUAAUGAGGAGCAUCAAAAACGUUUGCUACUUAAAAAGCCAACCGCUUCCAUACUCUCAAACGCAGCAGCAGCAACUCCGCUGCUUAAUGGCGAGACGCCCAGUGUAAAGAGCACGCCGGUGGAAAAAAAUAAAGUCAAGUUCUCGGACACUAUUCAGGUGGCUGUUGUGCCGGAGAUACCACGCAAAGAGAAACCUUUGCCACCGAAACGUAAUGGGUAUUCCCGGCCAGCAGCGCGACAUUUAACAAAUCCCCGCAAGGAACUAGCGGAUAGUUUACCGCUAUGUCAUCCAAAUGAUGAGUAUUUAAAGGAUUUUAAUCCCAUCACAACGAAUGUCAGUAAGCCGCCAACGAGAAGGAGAGGCGAGGAGGAGCCAUCAAGCAACAGCAAACAAACAUCCAGCUCUUCGUCCUCCAUCAAAGUGGUUCACUUUGGCGUCGUCUAAGCUUUUAUUAUGUAGUGCAAUUUAUUUAGUUUAAAUAGUUAAGAAUUCGUCUUCCAUGUGUAAACGUUGC